CUGAAGAACUUACAGACAUCACAACUGUAGCUCCUAUGCCCCCCACAAUUGCAACUUCAACUGUAGCAUCACCUACAACAACAACUGCAGAUGCUUCCACAACCACAGGUGCAGCACCUACUACGUCAAUCACAACUGGAGGUCCUACUAACAUUUUACCUACAACGACAAGCACAACUGAGGCUCCUUCAGACGUCACUACUGUAGCUCCUUUGAACCCCACAAUUGCAGCUUCUUCUUCAACAACUGUAGCUCCCACGAUCACUACAACUGCAGAAGCUCCUACAACAACAACUGUAGCUGCUUCUACAUUUACUAUUUCAUCCCCUACUACAACCACAACAGAAGCUCCUUCUACAACAACUGUAGCACCAAUGACUUUAGGAACAACAGUCCCAACAACAACUGCAGCUAAUUCCUCAACUGUAGCUCCUUCAAUGCCAAUACCAACUGCAGCUCCUACAACAACAACUCUUGCUCAUUCGACCUCUACAACUUCAGCACCCACUACUUUAUUCACAACUGCAGGUCCUACUACCAUUUUACCUCCUUCGACAACCACAACAACAUCCACUACAACAACUGUUGCUCCUUCAAUGUCAAUCUCAACUGCAGGUCCUACUACCAAUUUAACUCCAACGACAACCACAACUGAAGCUCUUACAGACAUCACAACUGUAGCUCCUAUGCCCCCCACAAUUGCAACUUCAACUGCAGCAUCACCUACAACAACAACUGCAGAUGCUUCCACAACCACAGGUGCAGCACUUACUACAUCAAUCUCAACUGCAGGUCCUACUACCAUUUUGACUCCUGAGACAAUCACAACUGAAGCUCCUACAGAAAUCACAACUGUAGCUCUUAUACUCCCCACAAUUGCAACUUCAACUACAACUGUAGCAUCACCUACAACAACAACUGCAGAUGCUUCCACCACCACAAGUGCAGCACCUACUACAUCAAUCCCAACUGCAGGUACUACUACCAUUUUGACUACUAAGACAAUCACAACUGAAUCUCCUACAGAAAUCACAACUGUAGCUCUUAUGACCCCCACAAUUGCAGCUUCUACUUCAACAACUGUUGCUCCCACGACAACAACUGCAGCAGCUCCUAUAACAACAACUGUAGCUGCUUCCAUAAACGCAACAGCAGCACCUACUACGUCAAUCACAACUGCAGGUCCUACUAACAUUUUAACUCCAACGACAAGCACAACUGAGGCUCCUAUAGACAUCACUACUGUAGCUCCUAUGCCCCCCACAAUUGCAACUUCAACUACAACUGUAGCAUCACCUACAACAACAACUGCAGAUGCUUCCACCACCACAAGUGCAGCACCUACUACAUCAAUCCCAACUGCAGGUCCUACUACCAUUUUGACUACUAAGGCAAUCACAACUGAAUCUCCUAUAGACAUCACUACUGUAGCUCCUUUGAACCCCACAAUUGCAGCUUCUACUUCAACAACUGUUGCUCCCACGACCACAACUGCAGCAGCUCCUAUAACAACAACUGUAGCUGCUUCCAUAAACGCAACAGCAGCAUCUACUACGUCAAUCACAACUGCAGGUCCUACUAACAUUUUAACUCCAACGACAAGCACAACUGAGGCUCCUAUAGACAUCACUACUGUAGCUCCUUUGAACCCCACAAUUGCAACUUCUUCUUCAACAACUGUAGCUCCAACGAUCACUACAACUGCAGAAGCUCCUACAACAACAACUGUAGCUGCUUCUACAUUUACUACUGCAUCCCCUACUGCAACCACAACAGAAGCUCCUUCUACAACAACUGUAGCACCAAUGACUUUAGGAACAACAGUCCCAACGACAACUGCAGCUAAUUCCUCAACUGUAGCUCCUUCAAUGCCAAUCCCAACUGCAGCUCCUACAACAACAACUCUUGCUCAUUCGACCUCUACAACUUCAGCACCCACUACUUUAUUCACAACUGCAGGUCCUACUACCAUUUUACCUCCUUCGACAACCACAACAACAUCCACUACAACAACUGUAGCUCAUUCAAUGCCAAUCCCAACUGCAGCUCCUACAACAACAACUCUUGCUCCUACAACAUCUACAACUUCAGCACCCACUACGUCAUUCACAACAGCAGGUCCUACUACCAUUUUGCCUCCUUCGACAACCACAACUGUAUCACCUACGACAACCACAACAACAUCCACUACAACAACUGUAGCUCCUACAAUGUCAAUCUCAACUGCAGGUCCUACCAUCAAUCUAACUCCAACGACAACCACAACUGAAGCUCCUACAGACAUCACAACUGUAGCUCCUAUGCCCCCCACAAUUGCAACUUCAACUACAACUGUAGCAUCACCUACAACAACAACUGCAGACGCUUCCACAACCAUAGGUGCAGCACCUACUACAUCAAUCACAACUGCAGGUCCUACUAACAUUUUAACUCCAACGACAAGCACAACUGGGGCUCCUAUAGACAUCACUACUGUAGCUCCUUUGAACCCCACAAUUGCAACUUCUUCUUCAACAACUGUUGCUCCCACGACAACAACUGCAGCAGCUCCUAUAACAACAACUGUAGCUGCUUCCAUAAACGCAACAGCAGCAUCUACUACGUCAAUCACAACUGCAGGUCCUACUAACAUUUUAACUCCAACGACAAGCACAACUGGGGCUCCUAUAGACAUCACUACUGUAGCUCCUUUGAACCCCACAAUUGCAACUUCUUCUUCAACAACUGUAGCUCCAACGAUCACUACAACUGCAGAAGCUCCUACAACAACAACUGUAGCUGCUUCUACAUUUACUACUGCAUCCCCUACUGCAACCACAACAGAAGCUCCUUCUACAACAACUGUAGCACCAAUGACUUUAGGAACAACAGUCCCAACGACAACUGCAGCUAAUUCCUCAACUGUAGCUCCUUCAAUGCCAAUCCCAACUGCAGCUCCUACAACAACAACUCUUGCUCAUUCGACCUCUACAACUUCAGCACCCACUACUUUAUUCACAACUGCAGGUCCUACUACCAUUUUACCUCCUUCGACAACCACAACAACAUCCACUACAACAACUGUAGCUCCUUCAAUGCCAAUCCCAACUGCAGCUCCUACAACAACAACUCUUGCUCCUACAACAUCUACAACUUCAGCACCCACUACGUCAUUCACAACAGCAGGUCCUACUACCAUUUUGCCUCCUUCGACAACCACAACUGUAUCACCUACGACAACCACAACAACAUCCACUACAACAACUGUAGCUCCUACAAUGUCAAUCUCAACUGCAGGUCCUACCAUCAAUCUAACUCCAACGACAACCACAACUGAAGCUCCUACAGACAUCACAAGUGUAGCUCCUAUGCCCCCCACAAUUGCAACUAAAACUACAACUGUAGCAUCACCUACAACAACAACUGCAGACGCUUCCACAACCAUAGGUGCAGCACCUACUACAUCAAUCACAACUGCAGGUCCUACUACCAUUUUGACUACUAAGACAAUCACAACUGAAGCUCCUACAGAAAUCACAACUGGAGCUCUUAUGACCCCCACAAUGACCCCCACAAUUGCAGCUUCUACUUCAACAACUGUUGCUCCCACGACCACAACUGCAGCAGCUCCUAUAACAACAAUUGUAGCUGCUUCCACAAACAAAACAGCAGCACCUACUACGUCAAUCACAACUGCAGGUCCUACUAACAUUUUACCUCCUUCGACAACCACAACUGUAUCGCCUACGACAACCACAACAACAUCCACUUCAACAACUGUAGCUCCAACAAUGUCAAUUUCAACUGCAGGUCCUACUACCAUUUUACCUCCUACGACAACCACAACCGAAGCUAAUACAGAAAUCACAACUGUAGCUCCUACAACACCAAUCACAACUGCAGGUCCUAAAACCAUAUUAAUGACAACCGCCACUGCAACUUCUAUUACAACUACAAAUGCAGGUCCUUCAACCUCCACAACUGCAGCGCCUAUUACAACUAGAACAGCAGCUCCUACAAGUGCAACCACAAUUGCACUUCCUACCUCGACAACCACAACUGCAACAUUUACUUCAACUUCUACGGCUUCAGUGGCAUCAACUAGAUUUGGCACAGUGGUGGUUUUUGUAAGACUAGAGUUCCAGCUCAACACAGCAGUCCCCAGUAAGGAUGUCGUCCUUGGUGCCGUCGACAAGAAACUGUCUACACAAUUCAGGACCUUCAAAAUUCAAAGAAACACUAAAGCCACCCUCCAGAAUGCAACUUAUAUCAAACUUUCAGGUACUUCAUUUGCUGUUGAUCUUGGUUUCAAAAUAACCAAUGUAUCCAUGGAGGAGAGACUGCUUCAAAGUGCUAGAGUCACUUUCACCGAUGAUACCUACAGCCAGAUACAGGAUUCAAUUAACAGCCUACUGCAUGAUAUUCUCAGUGAACCAAACGGCAAACAAUUUGACUUUCCCAAAGCCAAAUUUAGUGUUGUUGGCAAUCAAAUCAGGGCAAACGUGACGUAUGUAUACAAAGAGAAAGACGUCAACCUCCCUAGUGCCUUUCUAGGGGAUGUUUUAAAAGUCUCAGGACCAACAACCACUGUUGCACCAACAACAACUACCUCACCACCUACUACCCUUUUGCUGACCACUCCUUUCAGUACAAGUGACAGAGGUUUUCCUGGCUGGGCUCUGGCUAUUAUCAUCCCCUGUGGCAUCGCUAUCAUUCUGGUACCCCUGUGGAUCCUGCUAUGUUGCAUGCUAUGUGGCGGCUGUGCAGCUUUAAGGAGACGCUGGCAACAACACAGAGCUUACAACGUACAGUACACCACAAGAAACGGCAUCUUCUGAGGUGACAAGACUAUCAAAAUAACAGCCAAUCAUCUAUGUCUGCUCAUCAUCACAACAAAUAAUAUAUUUUUCAUGUAAUCCAUACACCAUUACUUUUGAGAAGAUCAAACACGGACUUGCUUAUAUUUUUAUAACAAAAUUGCAUUGUUCUUGAUAGGGUUAAUAGGUCACGUGUUUCCAUAAUGUACUACUUUUUAAUAUUAUAUAGUAUUUCUCAUUUUAGUCAAAGCUACAGCUGAGCUGGUAUAUUAUGCAUUUAUGUAAUUUAAUCAUUUAUAUACACAGAAAUAUUAUUUUAGAUUUUUGUCAUUUCCUCUGCUGAUUUAAGCUAUUAACUCACUAUAUUUGAAAGUCUGCAAUACAGCACUUGUUUCUUUAUCAUACAAUUUAACACAUGUAA